UAGAUGUACGGAAUAGAAAUUUCAAUCAUUCGUUUUCAGUUUGGGAAGCUUCAUAGCCGGCUGCUCCGAACGCCAUAAAACUAAAGCACAUAAAUCGUUUAGCUGUAAUUUGUAGUGGUUUUGUUGAAUUUUGUGUGUAAUUUUCUGCUGAAUUUCUGAGAAAAAAAAACAACUAAUCAAUAUGCGUGAAUGUAUCUCCAUCCAUGUCGGUCAAGCUGGCGUUCAAAUUGGUAACGCCUGCUGGGAAUUGUAUUGUUUGGAGCAUGGUAUCCAGCCUGAUGGGCAGAUGCCUUCUGAUAAGACUGUCGGUGGCGGUGAUGAUUCUUUCAAUACCUUCUUUAGUGAAACCGGCGCUGGCAAACAUGUACCCCGUGCCGUAUUUGUCGAUUUGGAACCCACUGUAGUGGAUGAAGUACGUACCGGCACUUAUCGUCAAUUGUUCCAUCCCGAACAAUUAAUUACAGGCAAGGAGGACGCUGCGAAUAAUUACGCUCGUGGCCAUUAUACUAUUGGCAAGGAAAUUGUUGAUUUGGUUUUAGAUCGCAUACGCAAAUUAGCAGAUCAAUGUACUGGUCUUCAAGGUUUCUUGAUUUUCCAUUCGUUCGGUGGUGGCACUGGUUCGGGUUUUACAUCAUUGUUGAUGGAACGUUUGUCCGUAGACUAUGGUAAAAAGUCCAAAUUGGAAUUUGCUAUUUAUCCUGCUCCUCAAGUCUCUACAGCCGUUGUAGAGCCCUACAACUCGAUUUUAACCACCCAUACAACUUUGGAACAUUCGGAUUGUGCUUUCAUGGUUGACAAUGAAGCUAUUUAUGAUAUUUGCCGACGUAAUUUAGAUAUUGAACGGCCUACUUACACCAAUUUGAAUCGUUUAAUCGGUCAAAUUGUAUCGUCCAUCACCGCCUCUUUACGUUUCGAUGGUGCAUUGAAUGUGGAUUUGACUGAAUUCCAAACCAAUUUGGUACCUUAUCCACGUAUUCAUUUCCCCUUGGUUACCUACGCGCCCGUUAUCUCGGCUGAGAAAGCAUACCAUGAACAAUUAUCGGUAGCAGAAAUUACCAAUGCCUGCUUCGAACCUGCCAAUCAGAUGGUCAAGUGCGAUCCUCGGCACGGCAAAUACAUGGCCUGUUGUAUGUUGUAUCGUGGUGAUGUGGUGCCCAAGGAUGUCAAUGCCGCCAUAGCCACCAUUAAAACUAAACGCACCAUCCAAUUCGUUGACUGGUGUCCAACCGGCUUCAAAGUCGGCAUUAACUACCAGCCACCCACUGUUGUGCCUGGCGGUGACUUGGCAAAGGUGCAACGUGCCGUCUGCAUGUUGUCCAACACCACGGCCAUUGCCGAGGCUUGGGCUCGUCUCGACCACAAGUUCGAUUUAAUGUACGCUAAGCGUGCUUUCGUCCAUUGGUACGUAGGCGAGGGUAUGGAGGAAGGCGAGUUCUCAGAGGCACGUGAGGAUUUGGCGGCACUUGAGAAAGAUUAUGAAGAAGUCGGUAUGGACUCUGGUGAUGGCGAAGGCGAGGGUGCAGAAGAGUAUUAGAUAUGUUGGUAGACAUUAUAUACAAAGCAAAACAAAAGCCGCGCUAUACAAAUUCUUAAGAAAGAUAUUUGGGAGAGAUUCAUGACCUUAGCUG